AUGACAACCCAUGAUUUUUUGAGCUGUCCACAUAAAGCUGUUUAUCCGGAGUUUGCAGCGGAACAAGUUAAUGCAUUUAAUAAUUUUCAUCGUCCCCGAAAUGACCCCUAUUCAAAUUUCUACAACCCUGGUUGGAGAGAUCAUCCAAAUUUGAUGUGGGAUAGAGAUGAACAUGCAAACCCACAAUUUCAACAACAGGUACAGCAACCUGCUGCACCUAAGGCUACUUGGGAGAUUGCAAUUGAAAAGUUAGCAAUUACUACAAAUGCAAGAUUUGAACAGACCAAUCAAGAAAUCCAAAAUUUGCAUGCAACAAUGAAAAAUAUGGAACAACAAAUUGGGCAGAUUGCAUUUCAGGUUUCAGAAAGAGCACCAAAUACAUUUCCUAGUCAAACAGUACCUAAUCCAAGAGGACGAGAAGAAUGCAACGCUAUACGGACUUUACGGUCUGGCAAAAGUUAUGAUAGCAGACAUGAAAAUUGUGCUGGAAAUUCACAGCCACAAGACAUAUCCAAAAAUACUGCAGAAGCUACCACAAAAACUGCAGAACGUGUUUAUGUGCCUCCAAUGCCUUAUCCUGAAAGGUUGAGGCCUAAAGCUAAAGAUCAACAGUUGACAAAUUUUAUGAAGACUUUGGCUAAAGUUCAUAUUAAUCUACCAUUAAUUGAUGCAAUUAAGAACAUUCCAUCUUAUGCCAAGUUUUUGAAAGACGUUUGCACAAAGAAAAAGAAGCUUCUGGAUUCCAAAAAAGUGAUUCUAACAGAACAGUGCAGUGCGGUCUUAUUGCAUAAAUUGCCUCCAAAGAAGAAAGAUCCAGGGAGUUUUACUAUCUCUUGCACCAUUGGAAAUUGUGAUUUUAGUAGUGCUUUAAUUGACUUAGGUGCUAGUGUUAACUUAAUGCCUUAUUAUGUUUUUAAACGUUUAGGUGAAGGAGAGCUAAAGCUAACCUCCAGCAUUAUUCAAUUGGCUGACCGUUCAAUUACCUACCCUAGAGGAGUCAUUGAAGAUGUUAUUGUUAAGGUUGACAAUCUAUAUUUACCAGCUGAUUUUAUGGUGUUGGACAUGGAUGAGGAUUUGACAACACCCAUCAUUUUGGGCCGUCCAUUCCUGGCAACAGCCCAGACUCUUAUUGAUGUUGAAGUCGGAACUCUAACAUUCCGGGUUGAAGAUCAAACGGUUGUUUUUAGGUUGUUUGAAGCUACCACACAUCCAUGUGAUAAACAAGAAUGCAUGCGUGUUGAUGCAUUAGAUGGUUUGCCUCGUGCCAAAUUUGUGACCAGAUCAUCAAUUGACAAUCUGCCCAUAAAGACUCAAAAUGUGAUUCGUGAGUGUGAUAGUAAAGCACAGCAACACAAAGUUCAAUUGCUUGAAGUGCAAAAAUCAAAAACAGAUCCGAGCAACCAGAUGGACCAAAAACACCAAAAUGUCAAGAGCAAGAAUAAAAAGUUGCAUGGUAGUCCAAGUUAUCAAAAAAUACAGCCUGGAAACAAAGUAUGGUUGUUAAGUUCAAAUUUCAAGUCAAUUCCAGGGAGACAAGAGUCUCGGUGGAAGGGCCCUUAUAUGGUGAAGCAGGUUUUUCAUAACGGUAACGUGGACAUUGAAAAAGAGGGCAAGGGUUGUGUGCUCAAGGUCAAGAAGUAUUUACUUAAACCAUGCAUUGGGAAAUUUGGUACAAGUGAGUCACUGACUCUAAAGGAACCAGUGCUCAAGGUCAAGAAGUAUUUACCUCCCAGAUGCACAUAUCUGGGUCCUGAGGGCCUUUCCUAUUUUGUCCAGCGAGUUUAUGUGUUUACUUCCUUUUUCCCUCGGCUCUAUCAUGGAUCCGCAUAUCCCUACACACAGCGCACUAAUAUGAGUACAUGCAGGACAUAA